ACAAAUAUCUCUACCACAUGCGGCUGUCCGAGGAGACCCUUCAGGAGGUGUCCCAACGCUUCCGGAAGGAGAUGGAGAAGGGCCUGGAGGCGGACACCAACCCCACCGCCUCGGUGAAGAUGCUGCCCACCUUUGUGAGGUCCACUCCAGACGGGACAGAGAGCGGGGACUUCUUGGCCCUGGACCUGGGCGGCACCAACUUCCGCGUGCUGCACGUGAGGGUGUCGGACAACGGGCUGCAGAAGGUGGAGAUGGAGAACCAGAUCUACGCCAUCCCCGAGGAGCUCAUGCGGGGCAGCGGCAUGCAGAGCAUCCUCGCGACGUGGACGAAGGGCUUCAAGUGCAGCGGGGUGGAGGGGAAGGACGUAGUCUCCAUGCUGCGCAAGGCCAUCAAGAAGCGAGGGGACUUUGACAUAGACAUCGUCGCUGUGGUGAACGACACGGUUGGGACCAUGAUGACCUGUGGUUAUGAUGAUCAUAACUGCGAAGUCGGCCUCAUCGUGGGUACCGGGACUAAUGCCUGCUACAUGGAGGAGAUGAGACACAUCGACCUGGUGGAAGGGGACGAAGGCCGCAUGUGCAUCAACAUGGAGUGGGGGGCCUUCGGCGACGACGGCGUGCUCAACGACAUCAGGACCGAGUUCGACCGUGAGAUAGACAUGGGCUCGCUCAACCCUGGCAAGCAGCUGUUUGAGAAGAUGAUCAGCGGUAUGUACAUGGGCGAGCUGGUCAGACUCAUCCUGGUGAAGAUGGCUAAGGAAGGGCUCUUGUUUGGUGGGAGGCUCACGCCGGAUCUGCUCACUACUGGCCACUUUGAGACCAGAUACGUCUCUGCUAUUGAGAAGGAGAAAGAAGGGCUCUUCAAAGCCCAUGAGAUCCUCACCAAGCUGGGCUUGGAGCCGUCUCAUGAAGACUGCGUGGCCACCCACCGCAUCUGCCAGAUCGUGUCCACCCGCUCGGCCAACCUGUGCGGGGCCACCUUGGCAGCCGUGCUGCGGCGCAUCAAGGAGAACAAGGGGGUGGAGCGGCUGCGCUCCACCGUCGCCGUGGAUGGCUCCGUCUACAAGAAGCAUCCUCACUUUGCCCGGCGCCUCCACAAGACAGUGCGGAAGCUGCUGCCUGACUGCGACAUCCGCUUCGUGCGCUCGGAAGACGGGAGCGGCAAAGGGGCGGCCAUGGUGACGGCCGUGGCCUACCGGCUGGCCGCCCAGCACAAGGCACGGCAGAAGACUCUGGAAGCCCUCAAGCUAAGCCACGAGCAGCUCCUGGAGGUGAAGCAAAGGAUGAGGCUGGAGAUGGAGAAGGGGCUGGGCAACGGGACGCACACGGAGGCCACGGUGAAGAUGCUGCCCACCUACGUGUGCUCAACCCCGGACGGCACAGAAAAAGGAGAUUUCCUGGCCCUGGACCUGGGAGGGACAAAUUUCCGUGUGCUGCUGGUCCGUGUGCGCAACGGGAUGCGGCGCGGUGUGGAGAUGCACAACAAGAUCUACUCCAUCCCGCUGGAGAUCAUGCAGGGGACCGGAGAGGAGCUCUUUGACCACAUCGUCCACUGCAUCUCCGACUUCCUGGAGUACAUGGGAAUGAAGGGUGUAUCGCUCCCCCUUGGAUUCACCUUCUCCUUCCCUUGCCAGCAGACCAACCUGGAUGAGGGGAUUCUUCUCAAGUGGACCAAGGGCUUCAAGGCGACCGGCUGUGAAGGAGAGGAUGUGGUGGGGCUGCUCAAGGAGGCGAUUCACAGGAGGGAGGAAUUCGACCUGGAUGUGGUCGCCCUGGUAAACGACACCGUCGGCACCAUGAUGACCUGCGGGUACGAAGAUCCCUAUUGUGAAGUUGGCCUCAUAGUUGGCACGGGCAGCAACGCCUGCUACAUGGAGGAGAUGAGGAACGUGGAGCUGGUGGAAGGGGAGGAGGGCAGGAUGUGCGUGAACAUGGAGUGGGGGGCGUUCGGCGACAACGGCUGCUUGGACGAUGUGCGGACGGAGUUCGACCUGGCGGUGGACGAGCUGUCCCUCAACCCUGGGAAGCAACGAUUUGAGAAGAUGAUCAGCGGAAUGUACCUGGGGGAGAUUGUCCGAAACAUCCUGAUGGAUUUUACCAAGCGAGGGCUGCUCUUCCGGGGACGCAUCUCAGAGAGGCUGAAGACCAGGGGCAUCUUUGAGACCAAGUUCCUGUCCCAGAUAGAAAGCGACCGCCUGGCCCUGCUCCAAGUGCGCUCCAUCCUGCAGCACCUGGGCCUGGAGAGCACGUGCGACGACAGCAUCAUCGUGAAGGAGGUGUGCACCGUGGUGGCCCGGCGGGCAGCCCAGCUCUGCGGCGCCGGCAUGGCCGCCGUGGUGGACAAGAUCCGGGAGAACCGCGGCCUGGACUUCCUCAAGGUCACGGUCGGCGUGGACGGCACGCUCUACAAGCUGCACCCCCACUUCUCCACGGUCAUGCACGAAACAGUGAAGCAGCUGUCCCCCAAGUGCGAAGUGACCUUCCUGCAGUCGGAGGACGGCAGCGGCAAGGGCGCAGCGCUCAUCACGGCCGUCGCCUGCCGCAUCCGCGAGGCCGGCCAGCGGUAGAAGCA